AUGACUUCAAUGAGCAGCUCUUUUGGUACUAUAACCAAAUACCAAACAAUAUGUAACUCUAUGAUGUGCUGCUGUUUUCUCUCGUUUGUCCCUUUACAACUUGGCGCGUAUAAAUCUUAUAUUCCUAAUACUCAUUGGGUUGGAACAACAGCAAUGAUAUCAGAUGAGAUAUCCUACAUGUGCCAUUUAAUGAUUGCUCUUAAUAGAUUCUUCAAUUUGUACCUAUCAGGGUUUUACGAACUGGUUUUUACUAUUCGAAACACAAAAAGAAUAAUAAUCGUGAUUUGGAUAGUUUCAAUCAUCGGAUGUACAAUUUUAUACGAAUUUGUUGGUUGUCUAUAUCCGUAUAAUGAGCACACUUGGUCUCUUCAAUUUUUGGACACCCCGAUGUGCGAUCAUUUAACUUGGUUCUCUGAUUUUAUGCUCAAUAUUUCUUUCGCUAUGGUUACUGUAACUAUCAACUGUCUGACAGCAUUUAAAGCUAUGAGAAGUAGUCGAAUGUUGGUUAAUGCAGCCGGACUGCAAAUCUCAAAACAACAGAAACAAAGAGAGAUGAACUUCAUCAGGCAGACUUUUUUCCAAGGACUCACUGUUGCCACAGGUCAAAUUUCAUAUUAUGUGCUUGCUCCACAUGUUUCAAAUCAAAUCGCUCUCUUCUUAUUAACUUCUUUGUGGGGAUUUGUGCAUUCAUUUGAAGGAGGAAUCAUAAUUUUGUCUAACAAGGAGAUGAGAUCUGCAUUUAAGAAGUGUCCCAAGAAAUCACGAACUACUUCCGUUUUCAUCACAACUACUUCGCUCGCUAAAAAUCAUUGUUAA